AUCAGUUUUGCUUCUUCUUUUUUUUUUUUUUAAUGGUUUUUAUAUUGUCUCGAGUGGUUACGAUUUCUUCAUUGGCGUAACAUCUAGGGAAGAGAGGGGAGAUAGGGAAGUGAGAGGGGGAAACCCUAGAUUCGAUUUGGUUCGUUUCUCGAAUCGAAGCGAUGGUGUUCUACUUCAAGGCCCGACCAGAUGCUGGCGACUACACCAUCUUCAUGGGGCUUGAUAAGUUCGAGAACGAGGAACUCAUCAAGUACGGCUUCCCCGAAGACGUCUGGUUUCACGUUGAUAAAAUGUCGUCAGCUCAUGUUUACUUGAGGCUUCACAAAGGCCAAAGUUUUGAUGACAUUAGUGAAGGUGUGCUGGAGGAUUGUGCUCAGCUUGUGAAAGCUAACUCCAUUCAAGGCAACAAGGUGAACAAUGUUGAUGUUGUGUACACUCCAUGGUGCAACUUGAAGAAAACCGCCUCCAUGGAUGUUGGUCAAGUUGGUUUCCACAAUUCAAAGAUGGUCCGGACCAUCAGAGUGGAGAAGCGAGUCAAUGAAAUAGUUAACAGAUUGAACAAAACAAAAGUCGAAAGAACACCUGAUCUGAGAGCCGAGAGAGAAGCAGUGAAUGCUGCAGAAAGAGCUGAGAGGAAGCAACAUCUGAGGGAGAAGAAGAAACGUGAAGAGAUAGAUAGGCUUGAGAAGGAGAGGCAAGCAGAGAUGAGGAGUUACAAGGGAUUAAUGGUAACUGAUAAAAUGACAUCCAACAAAGACAUUGCUUCAAGCAACAAAUCGCUUCAAGAACUCGAAGACGAUUUCAUGUAAAAGGCUAAAAGCCUCUUGAAGAAUUGACCAAAACAAACCGAGUCUGUAACAUUCUGCCAGAGCUUAUCUGGUGCUGUCCUUCAAAGAUGGCUUAGGGUACUGUUCUACUAGCCUGUUUCCAUCUUUUGUUUUAAAAAUGUCUUGAAGACCUAAAACCCUAAUUUGGUUCUUGGAUUCCUUGGUCCAUUAAUAUGUUUCAGAAGAUAACAAAAGAAGAGCCUAUUAUAUCUAAUACACAGGUGAACCAGUGAUCUGGUACGAUCAUGGUUGACUCUGCCUUGCUGUGUUUGCUGAAAA